AUGAGCGUGAACGCAAUAUUCUCGUUGUCUUCCAUGGUCCAGUUCGGCGUCGUCAUGCGUAAGGGAUUUAGCCGGCAAUUUAAUUGCCUGAUGAUUGGUUUCAUCCUAGUGAUAUUCUGCAUCUCUACUGUCUACGCGAAUGUUAAAGGUCAAAAGCAUCAGGGAGCCAAAGUGCAGUUCUUCAAUUUCAACCCAAUAGCUGGAACCUACGACUACGGCUACGUAACGAAUGAAACCGGCCAGUUUCACCACGAGAACCGCGGCUCGGACGGUGUAACCGUCGGAUGUUACGGCUACGUCGAGAACUCCGGCCGGCUUAGAGUCACGCACUACGUCUCAGAUAUUCGCGGCUACCGGGUGGUCCGACCCAGCCGUCCCGUCAAGCUGUAUGUGUCUGCUAGGAAUUCAGACCCCGAAACAUACGACGACGAUCGGGACAGCAUCAUUCGGACUGAGUAUCGACCGUGGAGUAGCUUGUUUUCGGCACGGGGUUGUGAACACUCGCUAUCGCGACCAACGAGACCUGUUACGACAACUACGAGGAGACCGACGCGACCGCAGAUCACGGCACGACCUCCGAUCACGAUCAUUCUGAAUGGAACAAUUACCGGACUUGACGAAGAAAGUCCUCCCCCUAGCGGGAAACCAGAGCAAGACGGUGCUGCUGGAAGUCUCGUGGAGGGUUUGCUGGGAGGAACCGAUCUUGAUCUGGAUUUGAACCUCGAUCAACCUAGUGAAAGCGAUCAGUCGAGCGAUGGAAAUCAACCAGAACAAGAUUUACCCUUGGUUGGUGGAGUGCUUGGAGGAUUACUUGGUGGUGGAUCAUCGGGACAGUCUGGAAAUCCCGAUGAAGGUGGCGAACCCGAUCAGCAAGGUGCCCUCACUCCCGUGGUUGGAGGGCUUGUGGACGGAUUGCUUGGUGGAACGGAUCUUGAGCUAGAUUUGAACUUGGAUCAACCGCAAGAAGGUAGUCAGGAUGGACAAUCCGACACUGCAGAUGAUCAAAUUGAUCAACAGGGAGCUCUGACCCCUGUGGUUGGAGGUCUUGUGGAUGGCCUGCUUGGGGGUACGGAUCUGGAAUUGGAUCUGAAUAUCGAUCAACCAGGCGAAAGUGAGCAACCGAAUCAGGAUGAUACCGUACCUCAAGAUGAUGGAUUAUUGGGAGGACUAUUAGGUGGAGGAUCGUCAGAACAAUCAGAGAAUCCCAGUCAACCAGAUCCACCAGGAAUUCUGACUCCGGUCGUUGGCGGUUUAGUUGAAGGUUUGCUAGGGGGAACAGAUUUGGGUCUUGAUACCAACAUUGGACGAGUUCCCAGCUACUAUUUACCAUAUUUGUAUGAUAUUCCGGAGAAUGUCCCUCGAAUCCCCUGCGGGCAUUUAGAUUGUUCAAAGGAUACCUUUGGAUAUCUGGGUCUAACGCCAACGGUGUAUGUGUCAAAAUCACUAGCGGAGAUGUUGGGACUGACAAACCUUGAAAGCGACUCCAAAAACGGCCAGAAAAUUGUCCCGAUGCAUGUGCUCAGUACGAACGAAGAUGGCAGCUGGAUUGCGGAGAUUGUCGAAAGAACUCACGAAUCUCAGGAAGAGUUUGAUGCUGUAGAUCAAUGAU